CAAUGGCAUGUAUAUCCCUACUGGCUCCAGAGACGCUUAGGCUCGAGUGUGGGUUUCCCUUCGCGGUCCCUAGUGGGUCGGCUGCGGCGUCUGUCGCGCUGUGAUCUGUACUGGUCGUGGGAGUCUUAGGAAGGAUUCAGGGAGACCGGGAAAUAGAAAUGGAAUCAGUGACCUUUGAGGAUGUGGCUGUGACCUUCACCUUGGAGGAGUGGGCCUUACUGGAUCCUUCACAGAAGAAACUCUACAGAGAUGUGAUGAGGGAAACCUUCAGGAACCUGGCCUCAGUAGGAAAGAAAUGGGAAGAUCAUGACAUUGAAGAUCAGUACAAAAACCAGGGGAGAAAACGAAGAAGUCCAACGUUAGAGAGAGUCUGUGAAGGUGAAAAGAGUAGUCAACGUGGAGAAAAUUUCAGCCUUAUUCCAAAUCUCAAUCUAAAGAAGAAAACUAUUUCUGAAGUAAAACUAUGGGAACACAGUAUGUGUGGAAAAGUCUUUGUGCGUCAUUCAUCCCAUAACAUGCACAUCAGAUAUCACAUUGGACACAAGCCAUAUGAGUAUCAAAAUUAUGGAGACAAGCUAUAUAAUUAUGACAUAUGUGGCAGAGCCUUCAGCUAUCUCCAAUGUUUUGACAAACAUGAAAGAAAUCAAAAUGGAGAAAAAACCUAUAAAUGUAAGGAAUGUGGGAAAACCUUUAGUUCUUCAACAUCACUUCAAAUACAUGAAAGAUCCCACACUGGAGAAAAACCCUAUGAAUGUAAACAAUGCAGUAAAGCUUUCAGUUGUCUCAGUUCUCUUCGACGUCAUGAAAAAAUUCACACUGGAGAGAAACCCUAUGAAUGUAAGGACUGUGGAAAAGCCUUCAGAUAUUAUCAAAAUUAUCGAAGACAUGAAAGUAAAUUCAUUGGAGAGAAGCCUUAUGAAUGUAAGGAAUGUGGAAAAGCUUUCAUAUGUUAUCAAAGUUUUCGAAGACAUGAAAGAAAUCAUGGUGGAGUGAAACCAUAUAUAUGUAAGGAAUGUGGCAAAACAUUUAGUUGUCUCCGUUAUCUUCGAAAACAUGAAAGAAAUCACACUGGAAAGAAACCCUAUGAAUGUAAAAAAUGUAGUAAAGCAUUUAGGUAUCCCAGUGAUCUUCAAAAACAUGAAAGAAAUCACACUGGAGAGAAACCCUUUGAAUGUAUGGAAUGUGGUAAAGCCUACAGAGAUUACAGUUCCUUACAAACACAUGAAAAAACUCAUACUGGAGAGAAACCCUUUGAGUGUAGGGAAUGUGGUAAAGCUUUCAGUUCUCAUCAAUGUGUUCAAAUCCAUGAAAGGAAUCACACUGGAGAGAAACCCUAUGAAUGUAAAAUAUGUAGCAAAACAUUUGGUUAUCCCAGUUCUCUUCGAUAUCAUAAAAGAACACAUACUGGAGAAAAAUCUUAUGAAUGUAAGGAAUGUGGUAAAGCCUAUAGAUACCUCAGUUCCUUACGAAUACAUCAACGAAUUCAUACUGGAGAGAAACCUUAUGAAUGUAAGGAGUGUGGGAAAGCCUACAGAUGUUAUCAGAGUUUCCAAACACAUGAAAGUAAUCACACUGGAGAGAAACCAUAUGUAUGUAAAAAAUGUAGUAAAGCAUUUAGUUGUCUCCAUUAUCUUCGAAAACAUGAAAUAAAUCACACUGGAAAGAAACCCUAUAAAUGUAAAAAAUGUAAUAAAGCAUUCAGGUAUCCCAGUGAUCUUCAAAAACAUGAAAAAAAUCACACUGAAGAGAAACCCUUUGAAUGUAAGGAAUGUGGUAAAGCCUACAGAGAUAGCUGUUCCUUACAGACACACGAAAAAACUCAUACCGGAGAGAAACCCUUUAAAUGUAAGGAAUGUGGAAAAGCCUUCAGAUGUUAUCAAAGUUUUCAAACACAUGUAAGAAAUCACACUGGAGAGAAACCAUAUGUAUGUAAAAAAUGUAGUAAAGCAUUUACUUGUCUCCGUUAUCUUCGGAAACAUGAAAGAACUCAUACUGGAGAGAACCCAAUGAAUGUAAGCAAUGUAGAAAAGUCUUCAUUUAUCACACAACCUUUUGAAAAUGCAAAAAUGUACACUGGAGAAAAACCUUAUUAAUGUGCAGAAUGUGGGAAAGGCUUCAGUUAU